AUGGUCUUAUGGUUAAGGUCGCCUGGUGCUGUUUCGCAGUCACCGGGUUUCAGUAAGACUAAAAAAAAUCAGGCAGGAGGAAGAGAUUAUUUGCUGAAUAUAGAGCGAUUAUUUUUAUUAAUUGAUCUUAUGUUAAUAUUAAAUAGUGAAAAUGUAGAGGUUACCGAAAUAAAAAGAGUUAACAAAUUGAUUCGAGAUCAAGAUUUGUUUGCACGAGCUUUUGUCAAAAUUCCUGUCAUCAAACACAGCAGUGUUCAUGAACUCAUACUUCAAGAAAUUUCAAAAGAUCUUCCACAAAUCGAUGAGGAUGAUGAUAAAAGCGAAUAUGGAUCUAUAGAUGAUAUGUCCAAUCAACUUGACAAUAAUUUGGAUGAAAACAUUUCGACUACAAAGGAAAAUUUGAAGUUCUUGUUAAAUAGUAAUUCUUGUUCAUCUUAUGAAGAACCAACAAAAUUUGACAAAGCCAAUGAGUAUCUUGAAUCAUUUGAUAAAAAAAUUAAUGCUUUUAAAGCAAAUUAUACUGUAAACCAGUUGGCAGAUGCCGCUGGCAUUCUAGGAAAGAAAGAAAAGAUUGAAUGCCAGGGAGGAGUUUAUGUCUUGGAAUCAGAAAAGGCAUGGAGUACGCAGAAUGUAAUAAGAAAAUGGGUGGACCUUAUGCUGCCACUUGUUUUAAGAGGAAGUCAACGAGGUCUCCUCAUUUGGGACUCUGCAAGCACUCAUCGUGCAAAGGAUAUGAAAAACUUCUUGGCAGAAAGAAGGGUUGAUCAGGUUAUGAUCCCAGGAGGGAUGACUGCUUACCUCCAGACCUUGGACAUUGCAAUAAACAAGCCUUUCAAGGAUUACCUCAGACUUGAAAUCAAUGAUUAUAUUGAGAAUAGGAUGUCAAGGAACAAAAAUAACAACUUCGUGAAGCCUAAUCUGCAGGAGGUAGUCUCUUGGGUAAGGAAUGCAUGGGGCAAAGUCACUGAUAGCUGUGUUGCAAAGACUCUGAAAGCAGGGUACUUGGACAAAACAUCGCCAUUUGAAGCGAGCUACAUCGCAAAACACGAUAGAUUGGAACCUAUGAUACUGAAGGAGCUGGAGUCAAAUGAAAUCUUGGCUGGAAUUCAAUGA